AUUCGUGUAUCGAUUUUAUCCUCUUAAAUUUGAGCUUGCUAACUUGACCCGUUUAAGCAUACGUAUGUGUGCCCCUUCCUAUGUUUCUGUGACUCCAACAGACUAAACAGAUUGAAGUGAAUUCGUAUUUUCUAAUAUUCUUCAAUCGUGAUAUCCAUCAAAAAAAUUGCAUCUUGGGAGAUAUUGUAUGUUAUUCAAUUUGCUUCACGUUGUUGAGGAACCAGACAGUGUAAUACAGAAGUUAAAAGAUGAGUUCUUGGAUAUUCAGAAUGAAUGGGAUGGUCAUUCUGAAGAAGUAUUUGACAAUCUGCUAGAUGAAGCCGCACUUGAAGAUGGGCAUCCUGACAAAAAAAAGAUCAAGAGGUGCUUACAGAAAUAUUCGCCACAAAUUCAAGAUAUUCGCGAGAAAAUGAUUCAACAUGUUGUUGAGGAACCAGAGAGUCUGAUCCAGAGGUUAGAAGAUGAGUUCUUGGAUAUUCAGAAUGAAUGGGAUGGUCAUUCUGAAGAAGUAUUUGACAAUCUGCUAGAUGAAGUCGCACUUGAAGGUUGUCAUCCUGACAAAGAAAAGAUCAAGAAGUGCAUACAGAAAUAUUUGCCAGAAAUUAGAGCUCUCCGCAAGAAAAUCAUUGACCAGAUACAGACAAUAAGAGGGGACGUGCAACAACUGAGGGAGUGCAGGGAAGAAAAAAGCAGAGAAAAAACGGAAAAGUGCAUCCACAAGAUUUUUGAAACCAUCAAAGGCGACAUUGCGAAAUUGCAGUCCGAUAUUCAGGAAUCUAAGUUGAUUUUUCAUAAGCCUACUCCAAAAGACAAACUUCUAAAUAUACCGCACCGAUGAUUGUUAAAAAGCACGAGACAGCGUUUGUUACAGUUUCUUUUUAUAAAAAUUGACUAUAUCUUGACGUGUCUCUUAUUUAGAAUACUAAUUUUAUAGCAG